AUGUCCUCCUUAUUACCGUAUUCUAACUUGGAUGUGCGAAAAGUGUCCUGUCCAGUCAUCGGAGGUCACUCCGGUGUGACGAUUUUACCUGUGAUUUCUCAGUGUUCUCCACAAGUUUCUUUUCCUCAGAACGAACGUGAGAAACUGACCGCUCGCAUUCAGAACGCUGGUACCGAAGUCGUUGAGGCCAAAGCUGGUGCGCCGAACGGUGUGGAACGAAACAUAGGCAUCGGCAAGCUGAACGAAUAUGAAAUUGAAAUGCUGAAGAUUGUUAUCCCUGAACUGAAGAAAAAUAUCAAACGAGGGAAAGAGUUUGCCGCCACCUUCAAACCAACAUGA